AUGGCUCUGUUGCUAAUGUGUGUACUCCUGGGUGUGCCUGUGCUGCUGCUGGUCUAUUUGAUUCUACGGUUUAAUUAUGGAUGGGGCAGUCUGUUCCAGGAAGAUUUCGUUCAGCCCCCCAAACCGCUUGUCACUGACAAGAAGAGCAGAGACACGGUACUCAAACAAGGUUUUUCCCAGGACAAGAUCCCCCCAGACCUGGACGCGUUGGUUAUCGGCAGUGGUUGUGGGGGCCUGACAGCAGCUACUCUCCUUGCUAAGGCUGGUAAAAAGGUUCUUGUGCUGGAGCAGCAUGACCAGGCUGGAGGGAGCUGUCACACGUUUCAAGAACAUGGAUAUGAGUUUGAUGUUGGUCUGCACUACGUUGGGCAGAUGCAUGAAGGAGGGAUGCUACGAGUGAUCAUGGACCAGUUAACAGAAGGGCAACUACAAUGGAACCUCUUAGGACCUCAGUAUGACUCUAUUAAGAUUGGUCACAAGGUCUAUCGACUCUAUGCAGGAAAAGCUGAAUUCCCCGACACCCUGAAGAAGCAAUUCCCUGGAGAAGAGGAAGCUAUCGAGAAGUAUGUUGCCUUGAUGAAGACAGCAGUUCGUCAUGUGCCCCUGGUGGCAGUGCUGAAGAUAAUACCUCAGUGGCUUGCCCUGCUUCUGGUGCGGUCUGGUCUUCUCCAUUGGGUCUCACCAGUCUUCCGGCUUGCAGAGUCCAGCCACCAGGAGGUGAUCAAUGGGCUGACCAGUAAUAAAGAUCUGCAGGUCAUCUUCAGCUAUCUCUUCUAUGGUGUUCCUCCAAAUGACUCCAGUUUCAUGAUCAAUGCCCUCCUGAUCCACCAUUACAAAAGAGGAGCUUGGUACCCGCGGGGAGGGAGCAGCGAAAUUGCAUUUCAUAUGAUUCCCAUUAUUGAGCGUGCUGGAGGGAGAGUGCUUGUAAGGGCCUCCGUCUCACGGAUCCUGCUGACCAAUGGCAGAGCCACAGGUGUGGCUGUAAAGAGGAAAGAUAGGGAGAUAUGCAUAUAUGCGCCAAUUGUUAUAUCGGAUGCUGGCAUCUUCAACACUUACAAUCAACUCCUGCCACCAGAGAUAAAAGCCGCACCAGAAGUGGCUUCGCUCCUCUCCAGCCUCCAGCAUGGAAUGGGCUGCUUUUUAGUUUUUGUUGGUCUUCGAGGAACAAGUGAAGAACUUGGGUUGAAAUCCACCAAUCUCUGGAUCUACCCCGAGAGUGACCUCAAUGGCUCGAUGGAGAAGUUCUGGUCUUUAGAGUGGGAGGAGAUCUGUGAGGAUUUACCUCUGAUGUUUAUCACAUUCCCAUCCGGCAAGGAUCCGACUUACCAAAAGAGACACCCAGGUCACUCCUGUAUGACUUUACUGACCAUGGCUCCUUACAAGUGGUUCUCGGAAUGGAGGGGACAGACCCCACGGCAUCGCGGUGAUGAGUAUUACUGCAGGAAGAUGAAGCUGGCAGAACACAUGGUGGAGAGAGCCAUACAAGAAUUCCCACAACUUGAAGGCAAGAUUGAAUAUAUAGAAGCUGCAACCCCAGUGAGUAAUGAGUAUUACCUACGGGCACCUCAGGGGUCAAUGUACGGAGCUGAACAGAACUGUAGCCGGUACCAAUGUGGCAUUAUCAGCAGAAUGAGGGCUCAGACCGCAGUGCCGGGACUGUACUUAACAGGACAAGACGUGUUUAGCAGCGGAGUGGCGGGUGCUGUACAUGGAGGAUUGCUUUGUGCCUGUGCCAUUCUGAACCGGAUCUUGUACAUAGACUUAAUGAUGCUGAAAAAGCGCGUUAAACGCCGCCAGCAACAGAGACGUUCAUAGAGACAGGAGAAGGAAGGUUACAACUCUUCCUACUAUGAGAACUCAUAAUUUAGCUUUGUGUGGUUC